AUGAUCAAGCAAAAUAACCCUGAAGAGGAUGCCAAAUUGAAAGUGCCACCAGGGUUACGGCGCCUAUUUAUGGCAUUUCUAAUCUCAAAUCCGAGGGCGCCCCAGGGUUACAACACCGAGAUUCAGGGUUACAACAUCAAGAUUCAGGGUUACAACGCCAAAAUCUUGACAAAAUCUCUGCGUAACCCUGAAGAUGGCGAUAAUUCAGCGUCAAAUAACCCUGAAUCGAGACCAAGAUGCUCCGAUUUAACCCUGAAGAGGACGCCAAUUUGGACCGCCGCCAGGGUUACGGCGGCCGUUUAUGGCAUUUCUGAUGUCAAAUCUGACGGCGCCUCAGGGUUACAACAACAAAAUCUUGACAAAACCUCUGCGUAA